CUUGUUGUAUUCUAAAUGACGGAAGUGUGGAACGUGCGUGCGCUCUUCGAUCAGUAACUGCAAUGCUUGUUUCAAAGGGGUCCCCGUUUUGGGAUCGUUGUCUACUGCAAGUAGUGCGAACGGCACGAAUCGACUUUCCAGUGAACUGGAUACGAGUAAUGGGUUUCUGAGGCCAUACUCUUACGAUGUGACGAUUGCUCGUGCGUUGAAAGCAUUUUGUGGUUGGUGGAACUUAUGGGCUGUUGGAGAAUUUGGUGUUCAAGUUUUUGUAAGAGAAGAUGUUGGAGAUGUGACUGGCUUAAGUACUCGUUUUGUAUCAAACAACGCUGCAUUCAGUGAUGAUCUCGAGGGUUAUGCUAACAUAUCUCAUCAGCUGAUCUAGAUCUAUUAUACCUAUAAAUCCAUCAAAUGCAUGGCUAGAGAGGAGGAAGCAAAGACAAGAUUCGAUUAGGAUGGGUUUCUGUCAUGGAAAGUAGAAGGUUGAAUUGGAUAGUCAGUUUACAUUCGCAACCUUUGAGUGGGAAGUCUAUAGGUAAUGGAAGUAAUUACAGCUCUCACAGAGGUAUUUUUGCAACACCACAGUUAGUUGAAAUAUGGAUCAAUAGAGAUCAAUUAUGGCGGUAUUGACUGCAGAAAAUAACUGCAAACUACCAAAAAGGACAACUGCAACUACUGUGAAUGGUUCUAUAGCAGACAAUCAAGACUACCAAAACAGACUGGAUUUCUAUUCAAGCACUGCAUGUUUUCUCUUCUGCUUGUAGACUAUUUCACUACUUGAGAUGGUUUAUUUUGUGUGUGAUAUGGAUAUGUUUAGUCUAUACUCUUCAAUUUUACAAGCCUUUGUUGAAUGUGUCAUCAACGAUAUUCAUGAAUGUUAAUGGCGGGUAGACAAGUCUGGAAGAUCUCUUUUUCUCCUCCCCUUUGCAUUUGUUUGGUGGUGAUCUGUUAAUAUUUGGCGCCUUUUUGCUCGGUUGUUGCGUUCUUUGGUUGUUGCUUUCAGGUUGUUUUAGGAAGAGAGAUUGAUGGCUGAAGAUAUUCAAGCUAGCCCUGUUCAUGAGCUUGAGGUGGCUACAAAACAGAAUUUACAGUUAUGUCAAUCAGAUGACCUAACUUCACUUGUCACCAAGCUGCAUAGAGACGGAGUCAAGUUAAAAGACAUGAAAAGAGUGGUGGAGGAUCGUAUGGAAAUUAAACUUUCCAUACAUCAAAUUAAGCGAUUGUGCAAGCUUCUUGGACUGAAUAGGAAGAGAAAUUAUGCGCCAAUUGAGAGAGCUGAAGCAGCAGUGAAGGCUGAGAAAGCUAGUUCAGGAGAAAAUUUGGGUUACAGGGGAUUGUGGAAACGUUUGCAAGUGAAACACAAAUUGCUUGUGCCCAGAGACGUUGUUAUGGAAUUAAAUCAAAAAAUUGACCCAGAGGGCGUGCAGUUACGGUUAGCUAGAAAAUUGAAACGAAGAAAAUACUACAAUAAGGGACCCAAUUAUGUGUGGCACAUAGAUGGGUAUGAUAAGCUUAAACAGUUUGGCUUUCCAAUACAUGGCUGUAUAGAUGGUUAUUCACGAAGAAUUUUGUGGCUUCAAGUUGCUGUCACUAACAAUGAUCCCCGCGUAAUAGCUGGGUAUUACACAGAAACUGUGAAAAACGUUGGAGCCUAUUUCUUAGGAUGUCCUCGAGUACUACGAGCAGAUCGGGGUACCGAGAACACUAAUGUUGCCUUUAUCCAACCAUUCUUACGACAUUUUGAUAAAGACGCAUUGGCCGGAGAAAAAUCAUUUUGGUAUGGGAAAUCAACAUCUAACCAGAGGAUUGAGUCGUGGUGGGGUCAGCUACGAAAGAACUGUAUUCAAUGGUGGAUGAACUUUUUUAAGGAUAUGCGGAUGUCAGCAGACUUUGACGAUUCUAACCAAUUGCACACAGAUGCUCUUCGAUUUUGCUUUAUGUCAGUAAUCGACAAGGAACUGCAGUCAGUUAAAGCAGAGUGGAAUGCACAUUUUAUACGCCCCUCCAAAUACUGUGAUGCUCCUCGUGGUAUUCCGAAUAUCUUAUAUUACUACCCGGAACUGAAAGGCGCUCAAUGCUACAAAAACAAUGUCUCCCCAGAACAGCUGGCUGCUUUACAGGAGUACAUUGUACAGCCACCACCUGCUAUUUGUCAAGAGUUUUCUGCUCUAGCCACUUCUGUGAUGCAGCGUGAUGGAUUAACAAUGCCUAAUACUGCGAACGAAGGUUUGUCUUUGUAUAAACACUUAGUCAAAGCAAUAGAGGAUGCUGAAUCCAGUCAGUGAUGAUGAAUUUUCCUUUUCUUUUAACUUCUCUAUUCAUUUCUGUUUUAAUUCUGCUAUGACUCACCUGGGUCAAUUUCUAUGACGUCAUCAUCCAUACUGACUGAAAACGAAAAGGGCAAUUAAGCCAAUGACUGGGUUUGGCUUCUGUGGAAGUAUUGAAUUACCUGCUUGAUUUUCAUCUGUA